GAGAACAAUGCCUUUGGUCUUCGAACAUUUGAAGUCGGGAUUAUUUCGAAUACGCUACGAAACAUUCUACGCAAUUGAUGUGUAUGUAGUUCAGAAAUAAUCCCAAAGUAUCCGGAAUUCAAUCAGUUUUCUUUCGUUGUCUUAUACUGUCAAACUCAGAACGGAGAGAGAUAAGGUUCACGUUGUAAAUCCGAAGGUUACGCAUCUGUGCCUUCUAUGAGUUAUGCUAAUUAUCCAAAUAGGCUUGUAAAAUUGAUCGAUAAUUGGUGCAUUAUUUUAUCAUCGUUGACUGCUUCAACGACAUUACAUAAAAUCAGUACGUUCAGUGUGUGCGAUCGAGGUACAUCGUGGACUCGUGGAUCGUCUCAUACAUAAAGAAUGACUACGAGAACUGACAGCGUUACAGCCAUGAAGAGUCUCAGAUCAGUCCUGGAAAUUCAGAAUAAAACGACACCCGAUGAUACGGAUUUUUGUAAUAAUGAAAAUAUUGAAGAUGCCGUAUCGACUUUGUCUGAGGAAUUAGAAUCUCUCGGAAUUUGUAUAUCAUCUGACGGUGGGCUGUAUUCGAGAUCAUUACAUUCACUCCAAACUAUAUUUGUUAAUUUAAUAAACGCCUCGUGGAUUCUUAUUCACAAGCACAGAAAUCUCAUGAAAAUUCAUGAAGACCUGAAGAAUUCACAUCACAAAUUGUCAAACGACAACACCAAUUUAACAAAUCAUGUAAAAAGGCUGAAGGAAAAUUUGGAUAAGAAAGAUCAUGCUCUCUGUGAAGUUCAAGAGCGGGAGAGACGACUGAAAGUGCAAACUGAAAGAUUAUCACGUGACCUCAAACGAGAAAAAGACGAGACGGUGAAAUUAAGAAAACAAUUACAAUCCAAAGAUAUCCAGCACACUCACGAACUGCGCAGAAUUCAACAAAGUGGACAGAAACUUCGGGUACAAUUAGAAAAAACGGCUGGAUCAUAUAUGCCGAAGGACAAAGCGUCGCAAAAGCUACAGACUGAAACCGAUAAAAAGCUUCGAGUUUAUGAACAAACAAUUCAACGUUUAGAAGAUAACAAUGGUUUGAUGCUCGAAGAAAUUAACGAAUUAAGAGAAACUCUUGCACUUCACACCAAUGGGAUUGAGCUGCAGGUCGAGGCUUCGGGUGUCUGGGAUGAUACAAAAACUUAAAACAACCCUGUUUGUGGAUAAAUACUUUUUUUCUUGAAUUACGAUUUCGAACUGCUCGUUCCCAUUUAUAAAUUAUACAAAUGAUAUAUUUUUUUAAAAUAUUUUACCGAUGCCGUUUUUACCACCGAAUGACAAAUGUAUUUAUUCCAAUAAAUGAAAACGAAUCUUCAUAA